GAGUUGCUAACUCCUCAAACAUUUGACAAAACGCUGCGUUUAAAAAAUUUCAGUGCUAAUCCUUCUUCGCCCAUCGCAGUUUGUGUACCCAUCGGCGAUCGAUCUGAUCGGAGACUCUACUCCGGCGCGGUUAAACUGGUGCCUCCGGUUCAAUUUGGCCUUCCUUUUCUCCAUCUCAGCACCUGUGAUUUCUUGAUCAGUAAAACCCAAAAUGAUAAGGGCAGUGCUGGUGCUGAACACGCAGGGGAAGCCUCGUCUCUCCAAAUUCUAUGAAUAUCAGCCAGUGGAGAAGCAGCAACAACUUAUUCGCAAUGUCUUUGCUGUCUUAUGCAGUAGACCUGAACAUGUCAGCAAUUUUGUGGAUGCUGAGUCCUUCUUUGGCCCGGAUGCUCGCCUUGUCUACAAGCACUUUGCAACUUUGUACUUUGUGUUUAUUUUUGAUAGUUCUGAAAACGAGCUUGCCAUGCUUGACUUGAUACAAGUCUUAGUUGAAACGAUGGACAAAUGCUUCAGAAAUGUUUGUGAGCUUGAUGUCGUGUUCAACUAUAGCAAGAUACAUACUAUACUAGAUGAGAUUAUUUUCGGAGGCCAGGUGUUGGAGACAAGUUCAACUGAAGUUUUGAAGGCUAUUGAAGAAAUAUCAAAGUGCUCUCUCUCUCCUCUUGUUUUUAACAUGGUUUUACUUUUUUGCAUUAUCAUGGUCAAUAAGAAAGCCCUACGUUCUGGUAAACUAGUAACCAGGGAUUUUUCACUCAGUAUAAAAGCUCAACCGUUUUUUUAUGCAGAUGAAAUGAUAUGAUGAAUCAAAAUUGUUUUUUACAUUUACAUUUUGUGGAGAAUAGGUUCUAAUCAAAAUUGUAUAUUUUUUAAAUUUAAUGCAGGCUUGAAGCAGCAUCCAAUACCAUGAAUCUUGUUUCAAAAUCUGUUUCAAAUUGGAGGUCCCGGUAGUCUAAUUUCAUGCGCAAGGAUCUGCUCUCCCACAUGCGAGGGGUUUGAGAUGUGAAAUGAAGCGUCUUUGAUGAGGGAACUGGGAAGUCAGUUAGAUGCAUUUUUCUUCUGAUGUAGGUGCUUCUUAUUGAAGCAUUGAAGCAAUGAAUGACACCCGAAUAAGAUUUGAUUUAACGUAGGGGCUUCAAGAAACAAUUUUCAACUUCUCUGACCACACAUUGUUCCCAACAGAUACCAAUUUUGGUCAAUCAAUUUGAUUGCAUUGACUUGAAAUGUUUACAUUGUAUAAAUACAUUCUUACACAUUGUAAUUAACUUAUGAGCUUUUAUCCUGUACCAAACAGGAACUGCUAGAAUCAAUGCAUUGACCAAUUGCUAGAUUGUCAAGGAAUUACAAGUUCUAGUUUUCUGAAA